GUGGAUGUAAUCACCUUCUCUGAUACAACUAAGUGACCAAGCCACCUUACUGCCCAGCCAUCCUUUGAAUCUAUGAGUAUUUCUCACUGGAUUUCAGCUUAAAACGGAGGAGGAGGGAAUGAGCAUAGGUGUGGAAUGUAAUCACCUUCUCUGAUAUAAUUUUGACUAAGAAAACUAACACUUUGAGAGGAUCUUCUCAAUUUUGCACAAGCAUGGGGAACAUCCAAUGAGACAUGGAAAAGGAAAAUGCAUCCUUGCUGACAGAGUUUGUUCUCACAGGACUUACAUAUCAACAGGAGUGGGGAAUCCCCUUGUUCCUGGUGUUCUUGGUGAUAUACCUCUUCACCAUUGUGGGGAACCUUGGUCUUAUUUCUCUCAUCUGGAAUGACUCUCAACUUCACAUCCCCAUGUACUUGUUCCUUGGAAGCUUAGCCUUUGUGGAUGCUUUAAUAUCCUCCUCAGUGACACCCAACAUGUUGGUCAAAUUCUUUGCCAGGAGUAAUGUAAUGCAUCUUUCGGAAUGCAUGAUGCAAUUCUUUUCGUUUGCAUUUAGUGCAACCACAGAAUGUUUUCUCUUGGCAGCUAUGGCAUAUGAUCGCUAUGUAGCCAUAUGCAACCCUUUACGUUACCCAGUGAUGAUGACCAACAGAUUAUGCACCCAGCUAAUAGUCUCCUCAUUUCUAAGUGGCAUCAUUCAUUCCACGAUUCAUACAGGUUUAGUAUUCAGAUUAACAUUCUGCAAUGACAACAUAUUACAUCACUUUUUCUGUGAUAUUGAACCUUUGUUUAUGAUUUCCUGUACUGACCCUUCCAUUAAUAUUCUAAUAGUUUAUAUUUUCUCUGGGUCCAUUCAGGUAUUCACUAUUACAACUGUUCUUGUUUCUUAUACACUGGUUCUCUUUACAAUCUUAAAAAAGAAGUCUCUAGAGGGUAUAAAGAAGGCCUUCUCAACCUGCGGAGCCCACCUUCUAUCUGUGUCUUUAUAUUAUGGCCCUCUUCUCUUUAUGUAUGUGCGCCCUACUUCUGUAAAGUCAGCAGAUCAAGAUAUGACGGACUCGCUAUUUUACACUGUCAUAAUUCCUUUCUUAAAUCCAAUUAUCUACAGCCUGAGAAAUAAGAAAGUCAUAGAUUCACUGACAAAAUUGAUAAAGAGAAAUGAUUAGACAUCAUACUAAUAGCUGUUCUCCAGUAAAGCAGUCA